AUGCCAAACAAGAGCAAGACUAUCGCCCUCGUCAACGGUACUGGUCGUCAAGCGGCGUCGGUCAUCCGAGCAGUGGCGGCUCUGGGUUAUGCCGUCCGGGCGCAAGUCCACUCGUUGCAAGGGUUGGUCGCUGAGGAGCUCUCCGAGUUCCCCAAUGUCGCCCUGUUCGAGGGGCCAUUGUUGAACAACCAGGUCCUUAUCGACACCAUAUUCGAGGGCGCACAGAUAGCGUUCAUCAACACCAAUCCCCUCGGCGGCGAUGAGAUCAAAAUCGGCAAGGCUCUAGCCAAUGCGGCCAAGAAGCGGAACAUCCAUCAUUUCAUCUACAGCAGCAUGCCCGACCAUUCCAUACACAACCCACACUGGCCGGCUCUGCCGCAAUGGGCUUGCAAGUUCACAGUCGAAAACUACAUCCGGCAGCUUGGCCUCCCGUCAACCUUUGUCUACGCGGGAAUCUACAACAACAACUUCACGAGCUUACCGUAUCCUCUGUUCUGCAUGGACUUCAAGGACAAUGGAAGGCUAGAAUGGCGCGCACCUUUUCAUCCAGAUACCAAACUACCUUGGCUAGACGCAGAACACGACGUUGGGCCGGCAGUGUUGCAGAUUUUCAAGGAUGGCCCGAGCAAGUGGAAUGGACAUAGGAUCGCCUUAGCAUUUGAGUUGCUCACGCCUAUCCAAGUUUGUCAAGCCUUUGAAAAGGCUCUGGAACGGCCGUGCAAAUACGUCUUCGACAAACACAUUGAGGUCAAGGUCCCUGUUCCCAAUGGUUAUCGCGAACAGCUCGCCGGCAUCGAAAUCCUGUUCGGACAAUACAAUGCGCCUUACUUCCCCGGGCCGGAUUUCGACUACGAUACCCGCCGCAAGGGCAGCAAUGAGACGAUCACGCCGGGCAGAAACAGCAGCGAGGGGCGUAAAGCCAAAGCCGGCAAAUUGACGGACGAGGCUCGGUCUCUUUGGCCGGCGUAUCGGCCGAUUUACGAGUACGCCAAGGAGGCUUUCAUCGUCGAGGAGGAAGCGAACGGGAAGACUUGGAUGAUUGAUAAAAGUGUGAGCACUUGA